CAGGUGGGGACAAUUUAGUAACUUUAUUGGAGAUUUCCAAGAGAGGGCUGUGAGAUUGGUUUUUAUUCAAACGGUCACUUCAUUUGUACAAUUCCAGAGUGAAAGAACAGGAUCACAUAUUUGCGGUGGGCGGAUAGAAAGUGACCAAAUAGCCUACUAACUUUAUGCAAACCAACUUCAAGAGCUGUAGGUAGGCUACUACAGGCCACAGCCCCACUUUGGGGGGAACAUUACACRAGCAUCACAGAGACAACAUUCUGGGACGGAUCGUGCUCCACAGUAGAUAGUCUGCAUGGACUAGAGAGGGUAUGGCUGCGCGAGCGAGACUAUUUAAUCUAGCCACAAUUGUAUUCCUGUUUUCGAACUACUACUCCGCCUCACAGGCACCAGGCACCAAGAAAGGAAACUCGGAAAAAUGCAACAAUAAGGGGCUCCAGGUCCAGUCAAGUUCUGACGAGAAUGGUCGGAAGCGCGGGGUCACAUUCCGAACAGACAACUGCUCUGUGAACUGGAGCCCGUUGGGGAAGCAUGCCAUCCAUGGGGUGAACAAUAUGACAUUCGGCCACCUCUCCUGUGACAGCCAGGCUGCCGUGGUGGUCCACUGGACGACCAGCCCUCUGGGUAUUGAGCAUGUGAAGGGCUUCAGAGUAUACCUAGAGGAUAAGAACCCAGAGGGCAAACAGUGUCAACACAUGAUCCUCAAAGACCCACGACCGCUCAACUUCUCCUACAAGACUGUGAAGAUGAGCUCACAGCCCUUCCCUGGCCUGGCCUUUGAGACAGAUUACAUGGUCCGUGUUGUUCCCUUCCCCACCGUCAUGAACGACAGCUUCUUCCCCCCGUCCUUCCUGCGCACAAACUCCUGUGAAGUUCUACUGGGCCCAGACAACCUGGUCUGCAAACCAUUCUGGAAGCCCAAGACUCUCAACAUCUCCCAGCUGGGCUCCAACCUCCAUGUUGUCUUCGACCAUGCCCCCUCCACCUUCGGCUUCACCGUCUACUACCUGUACUACAAACUACGACAGGAGGGACCAUUCAGGCUUAAACGCUGCAAACCAGAGUUCAAUCUGCCCAUAACAACAUGCGUUCUUCAAGAUGUGAUGCCAGGAACCUAUGCGAUUGAGCUGAGAGAUGACACCAACACUACCAGAAGACAGGCCCAGUACCACGUAAGCCAAGUCCACUCCCCGUGGGCAGGGCCUAUCAGAGCCAUGGCCAUCACUGUCCCGCUAGUCAUCAUGUCUGCCUUCGCUACACUCUUCACUGUAAUGUGCCGGAAGAAACAACAAGAGAAUAUCUACUCCCAUCUGGAUGAGGAGAGCUCUGAGUCAUCGUCUCUCACCACAGCUCUGAAUGCAGACAGAUCCUGGCCCCGGACGAAGGUGUUUGUCUGCUACUCCACUAAGGACUGCCCCAAACACCUCGCUGUCAUACAGAGCUUCGCCUUCUUCCUCCAGGACUUCUGUGGCUGUGAGGUGACUCUGGACCUGUGGGAGCACCUGCAGAUCUGUAAGGAGGGCCAGAUGUCCUGGCUGAGUCGGCAGAUAGAUGAAGCUCACUACAUCAUCACUGUCUGCUCCAAGGGCCUCAAGUACUACAUGGAGAAGAGCCGCAGGGGGAAAUCACCAGCCAGAGGAGGAGGUGGAGCAGCAGCAUUAAACGGAGCAGAGCUCUUCAUCGUCGCAGUGGCCAUGAUUGGGGAGAAGCUCUGUGAGGCGCGCCAGAAAGACCAGGACCUGUCUCGCUUCAUGGCCGUCUACUUCGACUACUCCCACGAGAGCGACGUCCCGGCCGUGCUGAGCCUCGCUCCCAAGUUCAAGCUCAUGGAUCAGCUCCCUCAGAUGUUCGGCCGCCUCCACUCCCGCCACCUCAGUUUACCGGAACGCGAGCCGCAGCCGCUCAACAUCAGCAAGAGGAACUACUUCCGGAGCAAGUCGGGGCGGUCUCUAUACGUGGCCAUUUGCAACAUGCACCAGCACAUCUCGUUGGAGCCUGAUUGGUUCGAGAGGCAGGUGAAACCCGCUCCUUCGGCACCGCCUCUGAAGCAGCGUGACACUGCCGGCGCGUCAUUGUCGUCAUCGUCGCCUCACAUGGAGAAGUUUGACUCUGGCCUGGUGCUCGACGAGGUUCUAUUUAAGUUGCCAUCAGAAAGCGAGGGUACUCUGAAGGGGAAUGUGUUGCUCACAUCUCUCCCUCCCAGCCUGGCCCACUAUUCCCUGGACGGACCCGGGGGGCCUGGGAACAGCCUCUCCAGCUUCUCUCAGGGGGAAUCUGGGGUCACGUCGGGGUCCUCGUCUGGUUUGGGUCUGGGGUCUCUGAGGCCUGUCGUCCCUCCCCAGGCUGGAGAUGGGUCAGCCAGUCCCCCAGAAAUGCCCCGGGACUCUGGGAUCUAUGAUUUGUCAGUGCCCUCUUCUGAGCUGUCCAUCCCCCUCAUGGAGGGCCUGUCACCUGACCAGGCUGACUCCUCCUCCCUGGCCGACAGCGAAUCAUCUUCUUCCGGACUGGGUGAUGAGGAGCCCCCUGCUGUCAGCUCUCUGCACUAUGCCGUGAGCACCAUCUGUAAAGCUGAGCUACACCACCACCAUCUAGAGCAGUCUGAAGGACUAGGACUCGUUCCUGUUCCUCCCUUGUAGUGAACUUAACAUUACCUGGACAUGUAUGGCCUGUUCAUAAGGAAUCAUUGGAUCAAGCCCAUGGAUUCUAGUGAUGUCAUCUGCUUCAGAAUCUCUGUGGACUGUGGGCUGAAAAAACACGGAGGAAUGAUGUCACGUUUUAGAACGCCGAGGGUGAUGUCACUGUUUUGUGAACCUUCUAAGUAGCGGUUGUGUGACUGUGAAGGCAAGGCAUAAUUUAACCAAAUGGUUGUAUGUUUUGCAGUGCUGUCCUGUAAUUGUUAGUGGUGUAAACAUGUUUAAUUCAGACUACACCAGAUCUGCCUUUUUAAAACACCCCAUGCCAGGUUACCAGUUCAUCAAAUGGCCGACAUCAAUGUUUCUCAACCUUGGUCCUCUGUUGCAUCAGAGGUGACACGUUUUUGUUCCAGCCCAGUGCAGAAACACCUGCGUCAAAUCCACGAUUACUUGAAUCUGGUGUGUUAGUGCUGGGCUUGAACACAAAUGUGUGACUUCAACGAUGUAGUUUGUUUCAUACUGGGACAAUUAUGUUUUGAAUGAAAGAGCAUUUGUUUGUAUGUUGCUUUAUUUUAAUUUAUUGUCAAUUAUGAAAUAUGAAAUAACUUUAAAGUAUUGUACACCAACACAACGAUAUAAGGUGCUGGAACUGAGUGUCAAAGCACUUUUACUUGUUAAAAAAAUUAAAUAAUUCUCGCACAAAUUUGGAUUACUAACAGAAAAGGUUUUGACAACUGUUGUGUAAGAGCAGAUAGGUUGGGAGUACUCACACAUUUUUAUCAUUUUUCGAACCAGCAGUUAUGAAAAUGUGAUAUCGCACUCACAGUAAUGGACAGGGGUUUGAUUUUAGGAGCAUUCUCAUUUUAAAAACGAAAUGCCUUUAUUUGGAACUUGGGAAAUAUACUGUUAUUCAACUCUUACAGAGCAAAAAGUAACCCCGUCUUUGUGGGUCUACUCCAGCGUGCGUUCUAACAAUGUUUUUCAGCGCCAGUCAUUUUGACAACACUUUUUUUUUUUGUGUGGAAAUAAUCAGUUUUAUUCCAGUUUUGUAGAGUUUUUAGAUCCUUUUUUUCCCUCUGUUUUAUAUAUACACUUUGUACUGUUUUAUAGUACUGUAAUGUUGGAAAUAAGCAAAAAAUGAAAUUGUAAUUUGUUUGUUAUUGACGCCUCGGACACUACAAACUGGUAGUGGAGACGAGAUUGGAAGGAUGGCUCGGCGAGACAAAACCGAUUUCCUGCUCAAAGUGUGUAACUAAACAUGUCAUUGUGUUCUUGCAAUCUGUAAUAUCAUUUACACCCUCUAGAUGGCAACAUAGAUGUAUAUUUGAUAUCUGCCCAAUUGAAGUAGUAUUUGAAGUGGCAACUGAUUUCACCAGUAGCACUGUGCCAAGUGCACCUGCAAGUGAACUGUAAGUCCAAGGUUAAGAUACAAACUGGUAGUUAAAAUACAACGUAACCUAUUGCAUGUUUUAGUAACUGUCAAAUGUGGUGUAAUAAUUGGUUGGGAUAGAUAUUUUUUUCACUUUUUUUUAUUUAUAUAUUUUUUUACAUCCAAGCCCUACAUUUAAGUCACGUUAGUUUGCCUAUUAUAAACAUUAUGGCUUGCAUUAGGACUGACAGUCUGUCGGCACUGCUCAAGUUCAGUAGCAAUGUGGAAAGUUUUUAUUAUCCAUUAUUAAUCUAAUUUUUUUUUGAUUAUGUAGAUUACCAUCCCAUGGUGAAUACUCUACUAUUCAAAAGAGAAAAUCACUCUAAAGAGAGGAUUAAAAAUCACACCAAUGACUACACUUCCUAUAGGUCUACUUGGUGCUGAGUAAUGUAGUGUGUUACACUCUACACAACUAGAUUCUGAUACGGGGGUCCGGAACAUAAUUACAGAUAAUUUGACUGUAAACCUUGCUUACAUUUGUAUACGUUCACAUCUCUAUUAUGUGUGGGAAUACUUGGGAACAGAUUUCCAAAAUUAAAAUGUCUUGAAGCAGAUGUCCAACAGUGAAAAAUCUAUAAAACAAACAUGUUUUUAUUAUGUUUUGCUCAAAACUUGGGGGUCCAAAUAAAACCACCGGCCACCAGUUGGGGAACCCUGCUGUACUGUAUUAUCUCACUGUAAAAGAAACCUUGGUCUCACACACACACAAGGUAAAAGUAGUUUAAUACUGGAUAUUCGGUUUUCUCUCGUCAACAGCAAUUGAACCAAGCAUGCCAAUGACUAUGAAAAUGUUAUAUUCUGAAUCAGGGUUGCAUGGAGAACAAUCCACAACUUUAAAAACACAUUAUUUUAAAAAUAAAUAAUACGAUUUCGGA